AUGGUUACAAAAAUAGAACCAACUAGUCCUCUAUAUCUGCAUCCAUCAGAUGGUAGUAAUGCUAUUGCUGUAGAAAAAUUAGUAGGAUCAGCUAACUUUAGAUCUUGGCAAAGAACCAUGGAGAUUAGUCUAGCAUCUAAAAGAAAGUUAGGCUUUGUGACUGGGUUAGUAAAAAGAGAUCCUACAGAUGAAGUAAAGCAGGAAGCUUGGGAUACGUGCAAUAGUAUGGUGAUAUCUUGGAUAAUGGGAAAUGUUUCUGAGUCAAUAAAGAAGUCUAUCAUGUUUGUCAAUAGCUGUGAGCAAAUAUGGAAACAACUGCAACAGAGAUACACUGUGACAAAUGGAUCCAGAAAAUAUAAGUUGAACAAGGAAAUAUACGAAACAAAACAAAAAGGGAAGCUUAUUUCUGAUUAUUAUACUGAUCUCAAAGUAAUGUGGGAAGAGCUGGAGAAUUUGAACUCUCUUCCACCAAUUACAAGCCUCACAACAGAGAUCAAUGCCUUUGUACAAGCUCUUCAACAACAACAAGAGGAGCAGAAAUUGUUCCAAUUUCUGAAUGGUGUAGAUGAAGUGUUUGGACCUCAAAGAAGUAACAUACUGAUGAUGAGUACCUUGCCUACAGUUGAGAUAGCAUGCAGCAUUUUGCAACAAGAAGAGUCACAAAGAGAAGUCCUAAAUCCUGUAGCAAUGAGAGAAGAAACUGAUGUAACUGCACUGUUUAGCAAAAGCACAGAGAUAAAUUGCACAGCUUGUGGUAAAGCAGGACAUGUCAAGGAGAAGUGUUGGACAGUAGUAGGCUAUCCUAGCUGGCAUCCAAAGGGUCAAGGAGAUCAAAAAGGAAAGGCAAAAGCAUUUAGUCCAUACAACACAAGAGGUGGAAGAUGGACAAGAGGUGCAGGAAGAAAUGGAAGAGGAGGAAGAAUGGCUGCACAGGCACAAGGGGGGGAGUGA